UGUUGUGGCGCUUCGUAUUUACCUGUUGGAUUGCACUCGACUCGCCGCUAUUUUGCCGUGAUUGCCGUGCUUUGAGUGCUUUUGCUACUGCUCGGGGGUUGGUCUCUUGGUCUGACAGCUGCGGGAGAGGCAGCUUCGCCAGAUGUGACUUGAGAGAGAGAGAAAUACAAGCCACGAUGGUGGAUCUGGGUGGGGGACCCAGAGAACGUUUCCAAAGUCUGACAACAGAUGAAACUGAGGAGGUUCUACCUGCUGUAUCAACAGUGGGAUAUUACUCACACUCAUACAAUGUGCCUCGUUCCUCGCCAUGGAGACAUGCCACUCAAAACCAGGAUCCUGUCUCCAGACACAACCUUCUUGAAGCUAUGCACAAUGACCUCAUACAAAUCAAAAGUGACCCAGAGACAGUGUCACGGCUAUGCACCAGCACUAGCUCAUUGUCAUCCAUCCCGAGUGCCAUCAUGUCAUCCAUGGAGGCAGCAGAGGAUGUCAGAGCCAAGGGUCAGUUGCUGCAGGAAAUCACCCGAGAGGCAGAAACAUUUGAGCGGUACAGUCCGUCCCCUGCCCCAGUUGGGUGUUACCGCAGCUAUAGCCUUGCACCAGAGCCUCAACAAGCUGCUGAUGCUGAAUACAUAUGCACAUUCGCAGAUGCACCAGAGUGGUCAUGGAGUCGCACCAGCACCCCAGGAGAGGAUCGGGUUCCUGUGGGGUCAACCGGGAGUGGAACUCUUAUUGUGACAUCAGGCACCACUAAUGAAACAGUCAUUGGUUCCCUCCAGUAUGCUGUUCCAUCGCAUCUUUCCCCUGAUGCAUUUUCAGCUCUUCCUUCCAUAUCAGUUGCUCAGCCAACAGCCUCCACUCCAUCAUUAUCAGGAUCACCUAUGCAACGGCCCCUACCCCUCAAUUAUAUCUGA